GAAUGGAGCGAGAGCCCAUGAUGGGAAUGAAUAUCGAGGUGCCUCCGGGAAAAGUAGAGGAAGAAGUUAUCUGUUCUCAGAACUUCGAGACUCUUCUAGAAUAUUCCGAGCGACAGAGAGUGUUCAAAGCGAAAAUAGAUUCGGAGAGGAGGCUGAGCAAGUCGAGAGACAAACGACGCGUGAAAAUAUUGAAACGAAUGCCGAAAAGUCGCACAUUUGAAUCAUUAGAUAGUACGUCGAGUGCCUCUGCCGCAAUUGAUGUGAGAAAAAUGGUGGAAGCCAGAGCGGACGAAAUUCAAAUGUGCGAGAUCUCGGUUAAUUCGAAACCAGAGAAGACUGCGAUAACCCAGCGACUUCCUGUUUACAUGCGAAGACGAGCUAUGAGUCAUAACCCGAAAAGAGUUCCUGAUUUUGCGCGGAAAAAUUUGUCCUUGGAAAAGUUAGCCCAGUCGAAAAAGUUCAAAUACAAAGAUCACAAGAAGACGAAAUUAAGCAGAGGAAAUAUUUUCAUCAACCGACAAAGUCGUUUCAGAUGGCUCGAAAGUCACUUAUGGCAUGCGAAAAGAUUUCACAUGGUUGAAAAGUGGGGCUAUAAGCUUCCGAAUUAUUGCACGGAUAAAAUUCUGCGAGCUUUGCAUAGAGAUGUGAAAAUAAAAUGUGCUGUUAGUGAUACUAGUUACUAUGGCUGGGUCGAGCUCAAAGGUCCGCAAAAUGAACUUUUAAAGAGUCUAAAUAGAAUUGUUAGUACAGAUAUUGGGCUAACAUUUGCUGCUGCAGAUUACUUGGCUGGCCUAAAAGAAGGAAAUGUCAUCGUUUUCAUGCCUGAUUUUUAUCCAUAUGGCUGUAUUGGACCUGUCAGUUUUAUGUGGAUGGCAGUUGAGAAGGGAAUCGAUCUAGGAAAGACAAAAGAUGAAAAAUUGUUGGUUUCAAUCGAAAGAGUUUUGUGGAUUAGUUUUCACCCGUCAAUGAAAUAUUCGUUAAUAUCUGCUCUCAAGAAGCUAGUAAGGAAAUCUCAAAUCGAGUUCAAAAACUUAACUGGAGCCUUAAACUCAAUUGAAAUGAUAGGUCACGAUAGUCUAAAGUUUCUGAAAAAGUGUUUAAAAUUUUCAAGUACAGACCUCAAAUACCAAGAAAAGUUCAUUAUGAGCAAAACGAAAAACCAAACGAUCAAAGUGAGCAAAUCUUUUUGGUGGACUAAAAUGUAUGAAUCCAAAGAAAUGAAAAAUCAAAUCCAAAACCAGUCGGAUGAUUGGAAUGGUUUGACUGAGAAAAAUGUUUCACAGGGUCAAAUUUUUGGGUUUUUAGCGCGCGACCCAAGAAUAGCAUUUAGAGCUGAAGAAAAUCUAGAGGCACAACACUUUGAAAGCGAGAAAAAUACAACCGAACCAGCAUUUCCAAUAUCGCAUAGUUUCAUAUGGGAUAGUGACGUAAGAGAUUACGUAAUGACUCGCAAAAUGAGCAACUCACAGGUGCAGAGUUAUCUAAGCAAUCACUUGCCAUUGACCCCAGUCGACCUGUUUGACGAAGAGGCAAGAAUUCCAAUUCUAGUGGUCAGAAAAAGUCUUCCUGUUGCCAAAUGUGAAGAUUUUGGCUCGAAUAGAACCAAUACGGAUUACAACACUAUCUGGAAGCUCAUAAUUCCCAGAAACUGGCUCAUGGCCUUUUGGCUGUUGCUGAAACGACUAAGAGUUCGAGUUUUCGGUUUGCGUGAACGGGAACGCUUUCUGAGACGAGCCGGUUUCGCUGGCUUUCCCACCGAUUUUGUAGAUGCCAGCGUUGGUAUGUUUUGUUCUCGACAGCUGAGUAACGAGUUGAGAUUGGAUGUUCUACGAAGGCCCCAUGGUAAACGAUUCCACUUCGAGAUUUACGGAAUUGCGAAUCCUUUUAAUUGUGCAUUUGAAGAGUUGUUUGAUGAAGAUGAUUCGUUUGAUAGAAAGCAUCUCGAGAAGUUCCUCGAGAUCUCGAAGACUUAUCUGAAAAACGAAGAAAUUUUGAACCCGGUAUUAAAUCCUGUUAAAGGCGAACCAAAGACAGGAAGCGACGAAAUUGGGAGCCAGUCAAGAACAGGUCAAAAACGGAAGAGUCUGGAUUCUAGAAAUCAGAACGCUGGAGCAAAAAAGGCAAAAUUGGACAUUGAAGAUGAGUACUAUAAAAAGGUGUGUGUGAAAACCGACGACCAAUCGGACCCAGUUGAAGUAAGAGAAAGUAGUCUGCCGCUGAACUGCAGCGACCUGAGCGAGUGUCAGUGUCUGCCCUUCCUCAAAUCAGUCCAAAUAGCCGAACAGAGUAUGACCCUGCAGGAACUGAUCAACUACACGCCUCCUUUUCUGAAGAGUGAAUUCUAUGUUCCAUUUUAUAUACUCAGGGAUCGAAGUCUACUAGUUGAGUUGCAGGAGUUUGUGAUGCCGAUUGAUAAAAGUAAUAAACGGAUACGGAAGUCGGAAGCAUCGAAAUCAAAACUUGCCAAACUGAUUUCAAGAUUGCAACCUCACAUGCAAGCUGGUCUAAUCAUGAUCAGACUGAAAGUAGUGUCAGGACUAGUUGCACGACUGGGAACUCGUGUUUAUGUUCCCAUUAGAGAAGAUAGCGCCGCCACUAAAGCCAGAAAAGAUCCUCCUGAAGUGACUCACAAGCGAAUCUCUAGAAAGGAAAGAAAAUCGCUGAGAAAAGCACGAAAUAGUGCUGAAGAAACCAAUGGAACUUCAUUGGCUUCAGAUAUCAAAGACGACCCGUUACAGUUAUACAGAAAGAUAAUUAAUAAUAAAAAUGCCGAAGAAUUGGAAGAAAAUGUGAAGAAAAAAAAUGGUCGAACUCUUUUGGGCUUUGUUUUGAGCGGCGAGUAUGAUCUAACCGUGGGAUCAGUUAUAGCGACAGCUGUCUGUAGUUUGAAACGAUUGGUUGAAUUAAUCAGCCAAUCAGAAAACGGUGCCCUUGUUUUAGUGGCCAAUGAAGAAUCCGAGUUCUUCUAUCCUGCUGAAUUCAAUUUGUGUUUAGCCACUGGCAUCUAAAAUAAAGCUUGAGUUGAAAAAUAUUUUGAAAGUUAAAGUAUUUAUCGAAUG